UCCCAUCGAGUCCGGCCCGGCGAGCCGCACCCAACAUGUUCGCCUCCAUCUGCCGGAGUCGGCGGCUCCUCCGCUUCCGCCAAAUCCCCUCCGCUGCCGGCGCAGACCCCAGCCGGCGGCCCUACCCCAUCGACGCCCUCCUCUCCCACGGCUACUCCUCGGCUGCCCUCGCGGGCGCCCCGCCACCCGAGCCCUGCCCCGCCACCGUCUCCAACCUGACCUCCUGCGGGCUCCUCUCCCCCGCCUCCACGGCCGCCCGCAAGCACAGCAUCCGCUCCGCCGACAGGGCCGACGCCGUCCGCGCGCUCUUCCGCAGCUACGGCUUCACCGACGCGGACAUCACCGAGAUAGUCCGCCGGGCCUCGGUGGUUUUGACCCUCGACCCCGACCGGAUCCUCCGCCCCAAGCUCGACCUCUUCGCCUCCCUCGGCGUCCGGCCGCGGAGGCUCUCCACCGAGCCGAUCCUCCUCACGCGCAGCCUCGACAACCACCUUGUCCCCUGCGUCCAGUUCCUCCGCGGCGUCCUCGGCACCGACGCCGCUGUCCGUGACGCGAUCUCCCAGGCCCCACGCAUCCUCCACGCUAGCCUGGAGAAGAACAUGCGCCCCGCCGUGGCCGCCCUGCGCCGUCUUGGACUCCUCGACGAGUUCAUCUCGAAGCUCAUCACCAUCCAGGUAGGCGUGCUCAGGCUUUCGCCCGAACGCAUCACCCAGAUCUUCGAGUACCUCAAGUUGCUCGACCUGGGUGUAACAGAUCGGGCCUUCCUCUACGCCUUCCGCGCUCUCUGCCACCUCAGUAGGGAGACAUGGCUGCGAAAGGUGGCCCUGUACCAGAGCUUCGGAGUGUCCGAGGGAGAGCUGCUCAAGGCGUUCAAGAAGCAGCCCACGAUACCCCUCUUCUCCGAUGAGACCAUAACGAAGAAGCUGCAGUUCUACCUGGACGAGCUUAAGCUUCAAGUAAGCGAUGUAAUGCGGCAUCCUGUGCUUAUGGGGUAUAGCCUGGAGAAGUGCAUCAUACCAAGGUGCGCUGUGCUGAGUGUGUUGAUGAGGGAGGGGAAGAUUGAGCCAAACAUCAAGUUACAUACAGCAUUGCUCGGUAGCGCCAAGAACUUCUCCGACAAGUAUGUGAUGAGGUAUGCUCAUGAUGUGCCAGAUGUUGUUAAGGCAUAUGAGGGUAACAUCAAAUUCGAAGGUUUCAGAUAGCGGGGUGUUCCAGUUCCAGUGAAGCAUUAUGCGUACCCCGCAUGUUUGCAAUGACAUUGGCAUCAAAGCAUUCUGCGACUUUCCAAAGUGCCAUGUGCUGAUGUUACCCAUUUCCCUCUUCUAAGCACUUGCCAUUUGGUAACCUCUGUCCUAACAAAUCUAGAAAUAUAGACCUUGUCAUGAUGUCAAAAGUAACUGAAUCUGGAAUGUUGAAGUGAUUCAUUCAAUUGCUUGUGCUCUUUAAUCUGGUUCUUCCAUAGAUUUUGAUAUUUCUCUCUGGAAUGGCCUUAGUGCUUGUUUACUUUUUACUACCUACCUGAAAACUAUAUGCUCCUUUCCAAUCGAUAGAUUUGUUGGUUUACUAAAAGUUGAGAACAUCCUGAUGAUUUUGUUGUUCGUCAGGAUAUUUGAGUGUGCACCUACUGAGUUUUUCCAUACAGAACUGUUGAGCAUUUAAAAGUGAAAGCUUGUAGCUCUGUUCACAAAAGCUGCUGUCAGAUUUGUAAAGCUUGUCUUUGUAUAAGUGAUGUUGUGUAUGAAAAUGCCAUUCUAGAUG